AUGUCCUUUUUGGGAAGGGAAUCCCGCCCUAGGACAAAACACCCGCCACCGUCUCCCUCGUCAUUCACCAGGUCGACGACUUCAUGGCUCACACGAAUCACAUCUUUCUCACUUCUCAUGGACGCCCAUCCAAUGGCCGUCGGCGCCAGUACUACUACUGGCUCUGAUGCUGUCAUCGACCUGGACUUGCUUGCGCUGUCCAAUCACAGCGCACCAUCACCAAUACCCACCAGACUUGGCAACUCAACCCCCCAAAGUGGUGAGUGCCCUGCUUUCCCUGACAAGCGCUCGCUGACUCAUGCCAGCAGGAGGACUUGGGCCCAUACGAAGUCCUCACUCUUCCCAUUGACGAGGGAAUCCUCCGUAUGCAGUACCAUUGCAUGCCGGAGGCAAUGGCACUACAAGGUCCAUGACUCAGACUCCUUGUCACUGACAAACAAAACCCUCACCGUGAAGCAGCUGCAAGUGCUGUGCCGUGAGCAUGGGUUGAAUACGCGAGGGAAAAAGGCGGACCUGAUUGAGCGCCUCGCUGCCGCAGUGCCUCCGAGUCCAAAUACAGUGCCUCCUACCACCACACCCACCAUCCCAGAAGCCAGUUCUCCAUCCUCGGUGCUGCUCCCAGCUGUGAAUUCCCGCGUGCCGGCAGGCCAUGCACCCAUGCACCCACAAGCCUGUCCCCCAGGAUCUGGAGAUGACGUCGAUCUGCUUGCGUCGCGUGACACAAGCCAGCUGGCCUGUUCCUUCCAGGAUGCCUACAAUGGCAGUGAUGGGGGCAUCAUGGACGACGACAUGGACGACGAUGGCCCGUGUUUGGUGGCCAUCAAUGAUGCUAAAGCUUGGGUGGAUGAAUUCAUCAUGAUCACCCGACGAAAGGGUGGACAGCAAACGGAGAAGAGUGUGCUCAACAUUUGGAAGCGCUGGUUGACUGCUGCAAUUGCAUCAGGUGAAGUCCCAGAUAUGAUAAUUGAUGCACACCCCAUCAUCCAGUACUUGAAGUACACUGCUACCCGCAAGCUCCUCUCGCGAAACGGCCAUGAACGUGAUUCUGCGCAUGGGUCCCUCUCUGUGCGCCUCCAUCUCGAGCGUGAAGACUUUGACAUCACCGAAAACACAAUCCUCGACUCACACCUUUUUCCAGAGCACUUCGAACAAGUCAAGAAAUUAUUCAUGCACCUCACGCAGUUGGCUCAAAAAAGUGUCUCAAUGUUUGUGGCUUUUCAUGGAGGGGUAGAAAAGCUCUGUUUCUUCGCUUUAAUUCCGUUCCCUACAGCGUGGGAAGCUGAUGUCAUCAAGUGA